UGCCCCUGCUGCAGGUUGAAGGCCAAGGAGGAGGAGUGGCGGGAUGCUCAGCAGGGCUUCAACAAAGUCUGGCGAGAACACUAUGAGAAGGCCUACCUCAAGUCCCUGGACCACCAGGCUGCCAGCUUCAAGCAGACCGACACCAAGGCCUUGCGCUCCAAAAGCCUUCUCAAUGAAAUUGAGAGCGUUUAUGAUGAGCAUCAGGAACAGCAUUCAGAGGGCAGGGGGGCCACCAGCGAGCCGCACCUGAUCUUUGUCUACGAGGACAAGCAGAUCCUGGAUGAUGCGGCUGCCUUGAUUGGCUAUUAUGUGAAGCGGCAGCCCACCAUCCAGAAAGAGGACCAAGCCACCAUCCGGCACAUUGUCCACCGCUUUGUGCCUGACCUGUUCUUCUCCCAGCCACCCGAACAGCCAGCCACCAAGGAGACUCCAAGCGAGGAGAAGAUGGGUCUGGGGGGCCCGCCACCAGACACGCGUGACCUGCGGAGGAGGAGUGUGGUUGGCCCACCAAUGAAGGCCUCUGUGGAGAAGACCCUCCCAGCUUUGUCAGAGAUGCAUGAGUUACGGAAAAGAGCCCCUCCGCUUCCCCCCACCAGCCCCCUAGAGGAGAAGCCGCCAGUGCUGGAGGGACAUGAACGACGGAAAAGGCACCCCCCAAUCCCUCCCGCCAGCCCCGCCAAGGAUAAGAGGGACUGGGAGAAUGCGGUCUCUUCUGCUGGGUCCUACUGCUCACUGGACAAUGUGUACACCCUCUUCUUUGCCAACAACAACUGGUACUUCUUCCUCCGCCUCCACCAGACACUCUGUGCCCGGCUCCUCAAAAUUUACCGCCAAGCCCAGAAGCAGCUGUUGGAGUAUCGUACUGAGAAGGAGCGUGAGAAGCUGCUCUGUGAAGGGAGAAAGGAGCGAGCCAAUGACCCAGCCAUGGAGCUCCGCCUGAAGCAGCCCAGCGAGGUAGAAUUGGAGGAAUAUUACCCAGCCUUCCUGGACCUGGUGAGGAACCUCCUGGAUGGCAACAUUGACCCCACCCAGUAUGAGGACACCCUGCGGGAAAUGUUCACCAUCCACGCCUACAUUGGCUUCACCAUGGAUAAACUGGUGCAGAACAUCGUCCGACAGGUCAGAAAGGGGAGCUAUGUUUGCAUAAAGUGUUCUUCCUUUUUUCCCCUAAUUUUUUUUAUUUAUUUCACAAUUUAAAAUAAGCACGUCGAUUACAAAUUAAUCAAACUAAUAGUAAGUAAAUUUUGAUACAUGUGAUUCUUCAUACCUUCAAAGAUUUGGUUCUUAAUAUCUCUCACUGGCUUUCAUUUUUAUUUCAUAGAAACAUAGAGUUGGAAGAGACCACAAGGGCCAUCCAGUCCCAACCCCCUUUAUUUGUUUCUUUUUGCCCUCUACCCUGGCAGGGGAGAUACUGUGAUCAUGAAGGUGGUUUUCCCAGGGUGAGGCUCAUCCAUUGCACUCUGCAUGUGCUGACCCCUGUGAUUUCCCCAAAUGCGGGAAACUCAACUCCAUAAUCUGUGCCCUCAAAAUUUUCCUUCUUUCUCUGAUGCCUCUACAUAAAUAAAUCAUUCAUAAAUAACAUUAAUUUAGUAAUUUGGUUUUCAUAAACAUUAUAAGUAAUUAUUGGCUUAUUAUCUUCCUAUGCUCUUGGUUUUUAUAGCAAUAUUACAUUUAAGGUUUUGCUGUAUCUCUGACAUUUGACAUCCAAUUGAUGUUAUGUUAAUUAUCUUUACAACCCAAACAGUCCAAUUUAAUCAAACUAAUCUCAUUUCCCAGCUGAGAAGAUGAGAUCCUCCUUAGAAUUGGGGUUGCUCCUCCCAUGA